GCCACCCCUCCCGGCACGACUCCAGACUCUCCCACAGUUCCACGUCUCCCUCCCCUCCAGGCUUCGCUCACCGAAAUGGCGAAACCCUCCCAAUCGCGCCUCCUCCUCGUCUUCCCCGUCGCCGCCGUCCUCGCCUCUGCCUUCCUCCUCCCGCUCGCCCGCUCCGACGCCUCCGGGCCCACCCCCACCGCCACCGCCUACGACGAGCUCCGCCUCCGUGGCUUCCCGCGCGGCCUGCUCCCAGCCAACGUUCGCGGGUACACGCUCGACGCUGGCUCGGGGGACUUCGCCGUCAACCUCGACUCCAGCUGCCGCAUCGUGCUGCCGGCGGGGAGCUACCUCGCCAACUUCAACGACCACCUCACCGGCCACCUCGACGACCGUCGCAUCUCCGGCCUCAGCGGCAUCCGCGUCAGGGCUUUCUUCCGCUGGUGGUCCAUCGCCGGGAUCCGCGCCGAUGGAGACGAGCUCGUCUUCGAGGUGGGUUCCGUCUCCGCCAAGUUCCCUGCCCGCCACUUCAACGCCAGCCUCGAAUGCCCCGCCAAGGCCGACUCUUAGUACUAUAACAAGGAACUCUUGCGUGCCUCAUGACACUGGCAUACCAUCAAGUCGCCUCGACGUCGAGCACUAUAAAGGGCAACCUGGUGCAUGUAGCACUUUUCCCUACAUUUCUGUAAGAGGCUGUUUCCAGGACUUGAACCCAUGACCUCAUGGUCACAAGGCAGCAGCUUUACCACUGCGCCAAGGCUCCCCUUUGUAAUCCCCUACAUUAGUGAACCCAUGACGUCGAGCACUAUGAUUGUUUUUAAUCUCUCACUGCCUUUGUAAUUACUACUCCCUCUGUAAACUAAUGUAAGAGUGUUUAGAUAACUAAAGUAAUGAUCUAAACGCUCUUAUAUUAGUUUACGGAGGGAGUACUCUCCGUCCGGAAAUACUUGUCAUCAAAAUGAAUAAAAGGAGAUGUAUCUAGAUGAAUAUUAGCUCUAGAUACAUCCCUUUUUAUCCAUUUUGAUGGCCAGUAUUUUCGGACGGAGGGAGUAUAAGUCUGGAUCCCUAAGCCACCACUCCACUUUUGACACCAAGAAAGCGGAAUAAUGUAAAGGUUCUUCUUUGCUCUUUUGUUGGAUGGCUUGUCGUAAUAAUCCUGGGAACUGGUAAUGGUUUUUAUUUCAGUUUGUAAUCUAUACAACUUCUGGUGUGGCGAGUAUACCACCUAACUUUUGUC